AGUUGACACACCCACAAGCCCAAAGCAGAAAGAGCGAGCGAGUAGGUGCAGAAAGGUGGACGCGAGAAGAGAUGAGGAUCGAGGAGGUUCAAUCCGCCUCCAAGAAGCAGCGCAUCGCCACCCAUACACACAUCAAAGGCCUCGGCCUCGACGUUAAUGGGAAUGCGCUUUCUCUGUCUGCGGGGUUCGUCGGGCAGAUGGCUGCAAGAGAGGCAGCGGGCAUUGUGGUGGAUAUGAUACGGCAGAAGAAGAUGGCCGGACGGGCACUUCUACUUGCUGGGCCUCCCAGCACUGGCAAGACUGCUCUGGCUCUCGGUAUUUCUCAGGAGCUUGGGAGCAAGGUUCCUUUCUGUCCGAUGGUUGGAUCAGAAGUGUACUCAUCGGAGGUCAAGAAAACUGAGGUUCUUAUGGAAAAUUUUCGAAGGGCCAUUGGUCUGCGUAUUAAGGAAACCAAGGAAGUCUACGAAGGAGAGGUGACUGAGCUUUCUCCAGAAGAGAGCGAGAAUACAUCUGGUGGAUAUGGGAAAAGCAUAAGUCAUGUAAUUAUUGGGUUAAAGACUGUCAAGGGGACUAAGCAGUUGAAGUUGGAUCCAACUAUUUAUGAUGCUUUGAUCAAAGAAAAGAUUGCUGUAGGUGAUGUUAUUUACAUUGAAGCAAAUAGUGGUGCAGUGAAAAGAGUAGGUCGGUGUGAUGCUUUUGCUACAGAAUUUGAUCUUGAAGCAGAAGAGUAUGUUCCAAUUCCCAAAGGGGAAGUUCAUAAGAAAAAAGAGAUAGUGCAGGAUGUUACACUGCAUGAUCUUGAUGCUGCAAAUGCUCGUCCACAAGGAGGACAGGAUAUAUUAUCCCUUAUGGGCCAGAUGAUGAAACCUCGGAAAACUGAAAUCACUGACAAACUGCGACAGGAAAUUAAUAAGGUUGUUAAUAAGUAUAUAGAUGAAGGCGUUGCGGAGCUUGUACCUGGUGUCCUUUUCAUUGACGAGGUUCACAUGCUAGACAUUGAAUGCUUUUCUUACUUAAAUCGCACAUUGGAGAGUUCAUUAUCACCAAUUGUGAUUUUCACUACCAACAGAGGAAUAUGUACUGUCAGGGGAACUGAUAUGAAUAGUCCGCAUGGGAUACCAGUAGAUCUGCUUGAUCGUCUUGUUAUCAUCAGGACAGAAACAUAUGGUCCCACAGAAAUGAUUCAGAUACUGGCUAUUCGAGCUCAAGUUGAAGAGAUUGAUAUCGAUGAAGACAGUUUAGCUUACUUAGGGGAGAUUGGACAACAAGCAUCUUUAAGGUUAAACAUCAGGCAGCAAACAGCUCUUGGACUUUCAUUUGCAUGGUUAUCCUCGAAUAUGCUUGUACCCGUAAACGUAUGUUGUUGUAAAACAGAAGUCAUGGAUGUUUUCAGACACAUGCUCAAUGUACUGUUGUUAUCUGUUAAUAGUUGUGAUCAAAUGGGCAUUCAUCGGAUUUGUUGUAUCUGUAGCCUUUGACAUGAAAUGUAUCUUGGUGCAGAGUAGUUGGCUCAUUUUUAAAUGGAGAGAACAUGGUAUUUGAACCAAACUUAUUCCAUUUUUUUCAGUAUUUAUAGUGGAACUAGACUGAUUAUAGGAGCAAACUUAAUCAAGGUUAUUUUUGGUAAUUAUACUAUGUUUUGAAGAUAAGCUUUUUUCACAUAUUUGUCCUGCAAAAAUAUUAAAUUCCACAUUAAUUAUCAUACUUUGAAAAUAUGUAUAUGUUACUGAAAAUUAAUAUUUAAAUUCUCAUUAAAUUCAUUUUUUGGUUCGGUUUCUGGGUUUGAUCUCUUCAUUUGUAAACCCUUGU